AUGUUUGAAUUACCAAGUGAUAAAAUCAGAAAUGUAGGAAUUAUUGCUCAUAUUGAUGCUGGAAAAACAACAACAACUGAAAGAAUGCUUUAUUAUAGUGGAUAUAGUUCUCAUUUGGGAAAUGUUGAUGAUGGUGAUACAAUUACUGAUUAUAUGCCACAAGAACAAGAAAGAGGUAUCACCAUUACAAGUGCUGCAAUUACAUUUAAAUGGAAGGAUCAUAGAGUUAAUUUAAUUGAUACUCCUGGUCACGUUGACUUUACUUUUGAAGUGGAAAGAUCAGUGAGUGUUUUGGAUGGUGCUGUUGCAAUUUUUGAUGUUGUCAAUGGUGUGGAAGCUCAAAGUAAGACAGUUUGGAGACAAGCAGAUAGAUAUAAUGUACCAAGAAUUGUUUACAUGAAUAAGAUGGAUAAAAUUGGAGCUAAUUUUGAAACAGCAAUUGAAACCUUGUUGGAAAGAUUGCCAAGUUGUCCAACCCCAAUUCCUAUUCAAUUACCUAGUGGAACAGAAGAUGCUUUCAAUUCAGUUUUUGAUUUGAUUGAAUUGAAGGAAUAUGUUUUCACAGGUGAUGAAUCUAGAACUUAUAACAUUAAACCAAUUCAGGAAAAGGAUUUAGCAAGAGUUACGGAAGCAAGAGAAACAAUGAUUGAUACUAUUGCUAGUCUUGAUGAUGAAUUAGGAGAAAAAUAUUUAAACGAGGAAGAAAUUACAUCUGAGGAUAUUCACAAUGCUGUCAGAAGAGUUACAAUUGAGAGAAAGGGUAUUCCAAUUUUCUGUGGAAGUUCAUUGAAGAAUAAGGGAGUUCAACAAGUUAUGGAUGGUAUUGUGAGAUAUCUUCCUGGUCCAAAAAUUGAUGAAGCUUCAAAGCAAAGAGAAUUGAAUGCCUUUGCCUUCAAGGUUAUUAACGAUGUACAAAGAGGGUUAUUGGUAUUCGUUAGAGUUUAUAGUGGUUCUGUUGAUAUCACUAAAUCUCCAGCAAUUUUCAAUCACUCAAAGAAUCAAAAGGAAAGAAUUGGUAAAGUUUAUCAAAUGCAUGCCAACGUUCCUCAAGAAGUCAAGAAAAUCUCAGCUGGUAACAUUGGUGUCCUUGUUGGUUUGAAAGAAACAGGUACAGGUGAUAUUCUUGUUGCUAAACAAGGAUCCAAGACUGACCCGUCAAUUCCACAACUUUCUGUUCCAAAACCUGUUUUCUUCUGUUCAAUAGAGGCUGAAAAUAGUGCAGAUCAAGAUGCUCUCGAUAAUGCCUUGUCAAUUAUGCAAAAGGAAGACCCAAGUUUACAAAUUACAAAUAAUGAAGAAACCAAUCAAACACUUGUGAGUGGUAUGGGUGAAUUGCAUUUGGAAAUUAUUAAGGAUAGAAUUUUAACAGAAUACGGUAUCAAUGUUGAAAUGGGUGAGGUACAAAUUUCAUACAGAGAAACACUUACUGUCGAAUCACCAGUCACAUAUUUGGAAUUUGAUAAGAAACUCACCACUGGAAAGAGACUUUAUGCUAGGUUGUGGAUUAAAGUUGGUCCUGCCGAAUCUGGUGUAGGAAAUAACGUCGAGUUUGAUUGGGAUGAGGAUAAAUGUACUCCAGACAUGAAGACUAUCAAGAAAUUUGAAAAAUCCAUUAGAUAUGGUCUUGAAAGUAGUUUCAUGAGAGGUGCUCUCUUGGGAUAUCCAAUCGAAGAAAUCAAGGUUACAGUUGUUGGAGCAUCAGUUUUGGAUGAGAAUAGAGAACAAAUCGUUGACAAUGAACAGAGUGCCAGACUUUUGGAACCAUAUAUGAAUUUGGAAAUUGAAACAGAUAGAGCAUAUAUUGGUACAAUUAUGUCAGAUUUGACAGGUUCUAGAAGAGCUAAGAUUAAGGGUAUGCAAGCUAGAAAUGACCUCACAGUUAUUUCAGCAGAAGUACCACUCAGUGAAAUGAUUGGAUACAGUUCUCAUUUGAGAUCACUCACAUCUGGUCAAUGCCACUAUCAUAUGGACUUUGCUAGAUAUGAAACUUUACAACAAGAAUAUCAAAGAAAGCUCAUUACAAAACUGAGAGGUUAUUAG